CCGCAGACAGAGUGAGCCGCGAGGUCGAAAGAGAUGCCGUGGGCAGAGAGCAUCGGUGCAGGAAAGUUGCGGGUGAAAACAAGUGUCAGUUUCGUCCGUUUUCCCCAACGGCCACGAAUCGCGGGCGAGCGGUGUUGCCACCUCGAAUUCUGCAACCCCGUCGGCUUUGACACCCCAAACUGGCCCCCUUGUCGCAGGACAGCUGUAUCAGGAAUUUUGUCGGCCCGCUGCAGACCAAUUGGAAGCCAAGAACACGGGCGCAACCUCCCUCGGGAGGCCCGCCCCAGUCCAGAAGCCGAUCUGGCUGGCAGCGUCGCAGUGCGCUCUCCCAGGGGAAGAGGGUAUUUCUCAUCAACAACGCCUCCUGUCCCGUCGACCGUUACCAGACCCGUGUCCUCCACAUCCUCAGGAGCCUCACCCGUGAGCAUCGAACACGACUGCCAAAGACACGACGACCAGAGUCUUGCGUUGCGCCUUGCCCAGACGACGACGACGCCGGCGGCGGGUAGAGCGUCGACGGACCUGCGGACCUCCACCCGGCACGAACCCCAACCUGAGCCGGCUCCCUCCCCAGAGAAGAGAUAUACCCCGUGGCGCGGAGCACCACAUCUCAGCAAGAUGGGUGCGGGAAUGUCGUGGCUGUCCAACCUGCUGUGGGCAAAGAAGGAGAUUAGGAUUCUAAUCCUUGGUCUUGAUAACGCGGGCAAGACGACUCUACUGUACAGACUCAAGAUUGGCGAAGUUGUCACGACAAUACCGACCAUCGGCUUCAACGUCGAGUCGGUCACCUACAAGAACCUCAACUUUAAUGUCUGGGAUCUGGGCGGCCAAACUAGCAUCCGGCCCUACUGGCGGUGCUAUUACGCCAACACGGCGGCCGUCAUCUUCGUCGUCGACUCGACCGAUAUCGAGCGGCUGCAGACGGCCUCGGAGGAGCUCGCCGCCAUGCUGAAUGAGGAGGAGCUCAAGGACGCGGCGCUGCUCGUCUUCGCCAACAAGCAGGACCAGCCCGGGGCCAAGGGCGCGGGCGAGAUCUCGGAGGCGCUGCGCUUGGGCGAGCUGCGGGACCGCAAUUGGAGCAUCAUGGCGUGCUCGGCCGUGGACGGCAGCGGCGUCAACGAGGGAAUGGACUGGCUCGUGCAAACUGUGGCUCAGGAGUGAGAUACCUGGCGGCUGAUGGCGAUGACACAACGGAUCUUCUCUUGUCCGACUCGCACAUGUACAACAAACAAAAACGACGUGAUGAUCAUAGUCCCUGCCGGCUCUGUCGCAUGUCGAUAGUCGACCACGCGUCAAGGCUUUGAGGGGCACAACAAGAUAUCAAGAGGAGCGAGCAUUCUCUCGGCGUCCCGGAUGCACGGGUGGUGGCCCACACAAGGGGAUCCGGGAAGAGCGGGGGGCGGGGGGGAGGUUUGGCACCUGCCGGAUGAUGGGUCGGUGCUGUCUCCCCUCGAAACGCAUGGAAGGCAAGGCGGCAUCGGCCGUGGUGGUUAGACACACAUAAGAUAGUAUGACCGUUUUUAAUGCCAGAGCCCUGGACGCCCCGCGCGCUGUCCUUGAGUUCGAUUCUGUUAUGACUCUUGG